AUGUUUGAAAAGGUCCACCAGGAUCAGGCGCACUCAUUGCCUGUGGCGACACAGCUUGUAUCGGGCACAUCUAAAUUUGAACUUACACCAUCGCAGGAGCAAUUAUUGAAAAAAGUGAAACGACCCAAUGGGUCAGAGUCGCCUUCCGAGUUUGAAAAGGAGUUGGUGGAUAUGACAGAGGCUGUGCUGAGUAUGGACUCAGAAGAAGAUCAAUCAUGGUCGAGGCCGCCGCUACCUCGAGACUUUGACCCCGCGAAUAACGAUAUAGCGUUUCAACAAUUAGAUGCAGAAGAAUUUAAUGACAACGACGCCACCUAUGCGCGGUUCUUUGGGAUCACAACAGAAGGUCAUUCCGUAUUGUGUAAUGUGACCGGGUUCCUACACUAUUUCUAUGCACCAGUACCAAAAGGUUUUCAUAAAGAUCAAUUGUCACAAUUUCUUAGUUAUUUGAAAGCUAAUUACGAGGGAGUUAUUCGUGUUGAAAUGAAACUAAAAGAGUCAAUCUGGGGGUUUAAUAAUAAUACAAGGACUCCGUUUUUUCAAAUAUUUGUGAAUAACAAUCGAAAUAUCACUAAAUUGAGAGGUGCAUUUGAAAGGGCAGAAAUUCGGUUUGAGGAAUUGUUUCCACUCCAGCAAAGUGUAACUUAUGACAACAUCAAUUACUUGAUGAGGUUGAUGAUUGACUGUAACAUAACAGGAAUGUCGUGGAUAACUUUGCCAAAGUCAAAAUAUACCCUAGUAAAAAACAACAUCUCCUCUUGUCAGAUAGAAUGCUCUAUUGACUAUAGAGACUUGAUUGCACACCCACCUGAAGGAGAAUGGCUAAAAAUGGCCCCCUUACGUAUCUUAUCAUUUGAUAUCGAAUGUGCUGGGAGAAAGGGCAUUUUCCCUGAAGCAGAACACGACCCUGUUAUUCAAAUUGCAAAUGUUGUUUCAAAGUUGGGAGAAACCAAACCAUUUGUUAGAAAUGUCUUUACAGUGAAUACUUGUUCCCCGAUAAUUGGUUCGCAGAUUUUUGAGCAUGAGAAAGAAGAAACAAUGUUGCUUAAGUGGAAAGAGUUUGUAAAUGCAGUAGAUCCAGACGUGAUCAUUGGGUACAAUACUACCAAUUUCGAUAUUCCGUAUUUGCUUGAUAGAGCAAAAACUUUAGGGUUGACUAAAUUCCCAUUCUUUGGGAGAUUGCUGCACGUAAAGCAGGAGGUGAAAGAAGCUGUUUUCAGUUCAAGGGCGUAUGGUACAAGGGAAAAUAAAGUGGUCAAUAUUGACGGGCGCAUGCAAUUGGAUCUACUCCAGUUUGUUCAACGAGAAUACAAAUUGAGAUCAUAUACUUUAAACUCAGUCUCGGCACAUUUCUUGGGGGAACAAAAAGAAGAUGUGCAGCAUUCGAUCAUUACUGACUUACAAAACGGAACCCUGGAGACGAGAAGAAGAUUGGCGGUUUAUUGUUUAAAAGAUGCUUAUUUGCCUCUUCGGUUGUUGGACAAGUUGAUGUGCUUGGUCAAUUAUACCGAAAUGGCAAGAGUCACUGGUGUUCCUUUCUCUUAUCUUUUGGCUAGAGGUCAACAAAUCAAAGUCAUUUCACAAUUAUUUCGAAAGUGUGUUGAGGAGGAUAUAGUUAUACCAAAUAUGAAAAGUGAGAGUACAAACGAAGAGUUUGAAGGAGCCACGGUCAUUGAGCCUGUAAGAGGAUACUAUGAUGUUCCUAUCGCCACAUUGGAUUUCAGCUCUUUGUACCCGUCCAUUAUGAUGGCUCACAACUUAUGUUAUACGACGUUGCUCAACAGAAAUGCAAUAAAGGCUUUUGAUUUGAAAGAAGAGGAUUACACUAGAACACCAAAUGGUGACUACUUUGUGACCUCGAGUAAAAAGAAAGGAAUCUUACCAACAAUUCUUAAUGAACUAUUGACUGCAAGGAAGAAAGCAAAGAAUGAUUUGAAGAAUGAGACUGAUCCCUUCAAAAAAGAUGUUCUCAAUGGAAGACAACUUGCAUUGAAAAUCUCUGCAAAUUCCGUUUAUGGGUUUACUGGUGCCAAUAUUGGAAAGUUACCUUGUUUAGCAAUCUCUUCAUCUGUCACUGCAUUUGGACGUGAAAUGAUAGAAAAGACAAAGAAUGAGGUGCAAGAAUUUUAUUCCAAAAAAAACGGUUACCCUUACGAUGCGAAAGUCAUUUACGGUGACACGGAUUCGGUAAUGGUGAAGUUUGGACCUCAAGACUUGGAAACAUGCAUGAAACUUGGUGAGGAAGCAGCGGAAUUUGUUUCUCAAAAGUUUAAAAAACCAAUCAAGUUGGAGUUUGAGAAGGUUUAUUUUCCGUACCUAUUGAUAAACAAAAAGAGGUAUGCAGGGUUAUACUGGACCCGACCAGAUAAAUUUGACAAGAUGGAUACCAAAGGUAUAGAAACAGUUAGAAGAGAUAAUUGUCGAUUGGUGCAAAAUGUGAUUACCAAAGUUUUGGAGUUUAUUUUGGAGGAAAGAAAUGUUGAAAAAGCACAAAGGUUUGUCAAACAAACUAUCGCAGAUUUGUUGCAAAACAGAGUGGACCUUUCACAACUAGUAAUCACUAAAGCAUACUCCAAGCACGACUAUUCUGCAAAACAAGCUCACGUGGAAUUAGCUGAACGAAUGAAAAAAAGAGAUCCCGGAUCGGCACCCACCUUAGGGGAUCGUGUUGCAUACGUAAUCAUCAAAUCUGGAGGUGAUAAAAAUUACGAGAAAUCCGAAGACCCGCUCUAUGUUUUGGAGAAUUCACUUCCUAUCGACGUGAAAUAUUAUCUUGAGCAGCAAUUGACAAAACCGUUGGAGAGAAUCUUUAUACCCAUUUUAGGGGAGUCAAAGACAAAAGAUUUAUUGGCAGGAUCCCAUACACGAACCAUUAAAGUAUCAGCUCCCAAAACUGGUGGCCUAAUGAAAUUUGCCACAAAGUCCGAGGUUUGUGUCAAUUGUAAAACACCACUAAAAAAUGGCAAUAAGGGCGCUUUAUGCUACAACUGUAUAAAGGAAGGAAAAGGACCAGGGCUUUAUUCAAACACUUUAGCACAAAUGAAUUACUUGGAAAGUAAGUUUUCUAGAUUAUGGACCGAAUGUCAAAGAUGUCAAGGUUCCUUGCACCAAGAAGUGCUCUGCUCAAAUAAGGAUUGUCCUAUUUUCUACAUGAGAAAGAAAGUUCAAAAAGAUGUACAUAGUCAAGCUUUGGAGUUAGUCAAAUGGGACGAAACUGAUUGGUAA